AUGGCAGGGGCGGCCUCGGCGCUGUUUCUGCUCGAUAUCAAGGGACGUGUUCUGGUGUGGCGUGAUUACCGUGGAGAUGUUACAGCUGCUCAAGCUGAGCGUUUCUUCACCAAGCUCAUCGAGAAAGAGGGGGAUUCACAGUCAAAUGAUCCGGUUGCUUACGAUAAUGGAGUGACCUACAUGUUUGUACAGCAUAGUAAUAUUUACCUGAUGAUAGCUUCCAGACAGAACUGUAAUGCUGCCAGUCUUCUCUUCUUCUUGCAUCGUGUGGUCGAUGUCUUCAAGCAUUACUUUGAGGAGUUAGAGGAAGAAUCAUUGAGGGAUAACUUUGUGGUGGUGUACGAGCUACUUGACGAGAUGAUGGACUUUGGUUACCCUCAGUAUACUGAAGCAAGAAUCCUUAGUGAAUUCAUCAAAACUGAUGCAUAUAGAAUGGAAGUAACACAGAGACCUCCAAUGGCUGUCACAAAUGCUGUCUCAUGGAGGAGUGAAGGGUUACAGUUUAAGAAAAACGAAGUUUUCUUGGACGUAAUAGAGAGUGUAAAUAUCCUUGUGAACAGUAAUGGGCAAAUUGUGAGGUCUGAUGUUGUUGGAGCAUUGAAGAUGCGAACAUACUUGAGUGGAAUGCCAGAGUGUAAGCUAGGCCUGAAUGAUAGAGUAUUGUUGGAAGCACAAGGACGGGCAACAAAAGGAAAAGCCAUUGAUUUAGAGGACAUCAAAUUUCAUCAGUGUGUACGACUGGCCCGUUUUGAGAAUGAUAGGACGAUAUCUUUCAUACCACCUGAUGGAGCUUUUGAUUUAAUGACAUAUAGACUCAGUACCCAGGUAAAGCCUCUUAUAUGGGUGGAAGCACAGAUAGAGAGGCAUUCCAGAAGUCGGGUUGAGAUGCUCGUAAAAGCUAGAAGCCAGUUCAAGGAAAGAAGCACUGCAACGAAUGUUGAGAUUGAGUUGCCUGUACCAACCGAUGCGUCUAACCCCAAUGUAAGAACAUCUCUCGGGUCUGCGGCAUAUGCUCCAGAAAAAGAUGCAUUGGUCUGGAAAAUCAAAUCUUUCCCUGGGAACAAGGAGUAUAUGUUGAGAGCAGAGUUCCAUCUUCCAAGUAUAACUGCAGAGGAAGCCACACCCGAGCGAAAAGCUCCAAUCCGUGUCAAAUUUGAGAUCCCAUAUUUCACUGUUUCAGGAAUACAGGUUCGAUACCUGAAGAUCAUUGAAAAGAGUGGGUACCAAGCUCUCCCAUGGGUGAGAUAUAUAACCAUGGCUGGUGAGUACGAACUCAGACUCAUGUAA